CACAACCUACGGUUUGAUAUUAAAUGUGAAUAGCCGAGUAGUUAAUAUUUUUAAAUACAUUGUGAUUUCUGCAAGUUAAUUCUGAUAAAUAAUUAAUGGCUACCCGAAAGCACCAGGGACUUCUGGUCGCAGCUCUAUGCUUUUCUGGUUUGGCCCUUUUAUUACAUAUAAUUGGGUUUGCUUCGCCAUACUGGUAUAGUCAGGAAUUAGGCUCAAUCACUGUGCACAUGGGACUAUGGAAAGGAUGUGUUGGUAUCAGUGGAUUACUUGUGUGUAAUGACUAUUCUCUGUGGGACUCUGAUCUUGAGUAUUAUCACAGACUCCCACAAGGUCUAACUACGAUUGCACUAAUAUUUGCAUCCAUAGGAUGUUUUUCAUUGGUUGUAAAAAUAUGUAAAGGUUCAAAACCCGGAUUUGAGAAAGCGUAUUUAGUAGCUAAAACCACGUUUGGUAUCGCAGAUGUAUUUAUCGCUAUUGCACUAGUAAUAUGGUCACUGUUCCAGACAGAAGCGGUCAGAAAUAAUAAGGGUUAUAGCAUGUAUCUAGAAAUAUUUUCAGCUGUGCUUUUUUUCCUUUCGGAAGUUGUACUUUAUUUACCAAUAAAUGCACCCGAGCCUGUUGUCUACCCAGCAAUGCCACAAACUAUAUCUUAUAUUACUACACAACAGCAAUCUUACCGGAACUGGUGAUGACAUAAAAGCCGGACGUUUCUAAAGAAUUUAGAAGAUUUCACCAUUUUAUCCAUGCUUAUUCUUUUCUGUAAAUAACUAUUACUGUUUUAAUUCUAUGAAUUUGUAAUAAUAUAACAUCAAUAACUGUCAUAUCUUUGUGAUUAAUAAGGUUUGUUCUACAAAU